AUGGAGAAGCGGAGCAGAACUCCGCAGCUGGUCGACGACUGGGAGUUGAGCAGCAUGGAGGAGGACGGCUGCCGCUGCGCGUGCGAAGGAGGAGCAGAGGCGGGUUUCCAUCUGCAGCAGCUCGGCCUUAGGGCGACGGCACGGCGGGCGGUCCUGGCGGCGCUCGCGCUGCUGCUGGUCGGGCUCGUGGCGGCUCUCGUCACGGCCGGACUCGGACUCAGAGAGCUGCGGCCAAAGAGCAGCCAGCACAACAAGGUGGACUUUCUUCAGUCAGGUGUUGAUGGAAAUCAGCAAGUGGAGACUCCUGCAUCCAAAGACCUGAGCGGCAGCAAGAAGCCAGGAGCCCGGCUGACAGCUUCAAAUAUUUCUAAUCCUCAUGGAAAAUAUCUUCUGUGGGAGAGCAAAGAGGGAAAUGUUCACUGCAAUGGAGGCUUCUUGUACUCUGACGGGGAUCUGGUGGUACCCAGACAGGGCUACUACAGAGUCUACGUGCAGAUGACGUUUGAGGGCGAGGCCGAGUCCUGUAAAUCGGACGUGCUGCUGCUCACCUACUCCGUGUUUUGUUACCACGACUCGUACCAAAGAGACCUGAUGCUCCUGACAGCUGUGGACACGACGACGUGCCCCAAAAACUGGAAGAAGUCCCUCUACUCGUCUUCCGUGUUUUUCCUGGAGGCUAACAGCCGACUGCGAGUCACGUCCUCCCUUUCAAACCACGUGUUGAAAAACGAAUAUGAGACCUUCUUUGGAGCUGACCUUCUCCCCGACUGAAACGGUCACACAGCUGAACA